ACUUUGUAAGUACAACUUUGGUAUGGUAGGUACUAUUUUGUUUUGUAAACAAAUCAUGGGUGAAAAGGAAAAUAGAACAUAAUAUAAAGCAUGUCUGUGAUAAAAAGAUUGAAAACGAGUUUAAAGUAUGUAGUGCUUACUAUAGCAAUAGUUAUUGGAGCAAUAUUAUAUCAACAAAUCCGAUUUCCAAAAAGUACAAAUAAAGUUGAAAUUUCGAGGAAGAAUAUACUUUCUGUAGAGGAAUUAUCAACUUAUGAUGGAAUUCAGCAAGAAAAACUGUAUUUGGCUGUCGUUGGGAACGUAUUCGAUGUUACUCUUGGCAGUAAACAUUAUAUGAAAGGAUCGUCGUAUCAUUAUUUUAUUGGAAAAGAUGGAACAAGGGCUCUGGUUACCGGUAAUUUUAAAGAUGAAAGCAAGAACAAAGACCAUGUACUUGACCUCCCUUGUAAUGAUCUCCUUACCAUAUUACAUUGGAGGCAGACUUUUAAACAAAAAUAUACAUAUAUUGGUUUAUUAGCCGGCAGAUACUAUGAUGAAAAUGGUGCAGAAACCUCAUACAUGAAUGAGUUGAAGCAAAGACUUAAGCAAUGUAGAAUAGAAAAAGAGGAAGCUAAAAAACAGGAACAAUUGUAUCCACCAUGCAAUAUGGCUUGGACUGAGGAGGAGGGUGCUAAAGUAUGGUGUACAAAGUCAAGUGGUGGUGUAGUAAGAGACUGGGUGGGAGUGCCACGUCAAAUGUAUACGCCUGGACAAGAGAAACCUCUAUGUGUUUGUGUGAAUAUUGAUAAAAUAAAUUCCAGCCAGCUGAAAGAGUACAAAGGUUGUCCAAAAAGUUCUACAGAGUGCUUUGUUGUUGAAAGAUAAUUUUAUUUAAAUUUUUAAAGUAAAAUAAAAUAUAGUGCAUCUAAAGUAAGAAAGGGAUGUCCACUAUAUUCUUGUGACAUUUUAUUGAUUAUCAUUGGCCUAGUGAUUUUGUAACAAAAUCCAUUAUAUAAUAUAUUAAAAAAGUAUAGAAUCAAAAUAUUAUAUUUCUAGCUAGGACAUCACAAUAUGGCGGAGAUGAUUUCCCUUUCUAGUUUAGACACAUUAUGUACAAAGUAUUAUUUUAUAAUAACUCAUUCCAGGAACAAAUGAUCAGGGAUUGGUUAAUAGUUAUAAGUAAUAUAUUAUUUGGAUUAAAAGGUUUAUUUAUGUACUUAUUUUUUAAUUUUAUUGUUUAAAUGUGAUACAAUUAAUUUACCUCAUUUCAGAAGAAUAAAUUAUUUUAUAUUA